CUUGAGUUCAACAAUCCCUUCAAGUUACGAGCGACAGAUAGCAUGGCGGCUAAUGCUGGGGGCGCGCGGGGAAGUCGUGGCAGUUAAACAACUUCUAAAACGAUUAAACGAAAUCCGGCGGUAAUGGACGAAGGGCGUGUCAUAAUGUGAAGGACCCGCACCGCUACAUGUCCAACACAAGUGGAAGCGCGUACUUUUUUAAUAUGGCCACUCGAGAGACGAGGCAAUACCGACGGGCCACGAUGGUGAAGCAGGAGCAGGACGACGACUCUGACGCAGAGGAGUCGACUAUCUCGUUUAAGAAACCGGACGGACGCGAGUCGCAGAUCAUCCACAGCGGUCAUUUUAUGGUGUCUUCUCCUCACACCGAUCACCCCCCAAAGAAAGGUUACGACUUCGACACUGUAAAUAAACAAACCUGCCAGACGUAUCACUUCGGGAAGACGAGCACGUCUCAUCUCUCUAUCGACGCUUCCCUGACGAAGCUCUUUGAGUGCAUGACUCUCGCUUACAGUGGAAGGCUGGUGUCACCAAAAUGGAAGAACUUCAAAGGCCUCAAGCUGCUGUGGAGAGACAAGAUCCGCCUCAAUAAUGCUAUUUGGAGAGCCUGGUAUAUGCAGUAUGUAGAGAAGAGACAGAACCCCGUUUGUCACUUUGUCACUCCUUUGGAUGGCAAUAUGGACUCAGGAGUACAUCGACCAACUGAGGCAAUAGCAACAGAAGGAAAGUAUUGGAAAAGGAGAAUUGAAAUUGUCAUCAGAGAAUAUCAUAAAUGGAGAACAUAUUUCAAGAAAAGAUUACAGAAACACAAAGAUGAAGACCUGUCCAGCCUUCUCAAGGGGGCGGAGGAACAGUUUUCACUCUUUGGGGAAGUGUGUCCAGACACCUGCCGUGUCCUCUUGUGCCAGGAUGAGGAUGUCAGUCUGGGAGGCCGUCGUAGAUCCCGCAGGAGUCGUGAUUCGCCUGUUCCAAUGGAGAUGGACUCGCUCUUCGACAUGGACGUGCUCAUGUCUGAAUUCUCAGACACGCUGUUUUCCACACUGGCCUCUCAUCAACCUGUAGCGUGGCCUAACCCGAGGGAGAUUGCCCACGCAGGUAAUGCAGAUAUGAUCCAGCCAGGACUCAUCCCACUGCAGCCCAAUCUUGACUUCAUGGACACUUUUGAGCCUCUGCAAGAUUUGUUUCACACUCUGCGUCAGCCAGCCUUUCCCUCCACUUCCCCCACUGCCCCAUCCAUCACCCCCUUAACUAGCAGCAGCUCCCAAACACAGGCUUCUUUGCUGUCGUCCAUGGACUACCGCCUCAUCCCCUCUGCUCCUUUGCCCAGCCACCUCUCGGUCUCCAGCCAGGACAAUGGUAACGCCGUCGGCCCACCCUACACACAAACCUACAUGCCUCUUUUCCAAGAGCAAGUGACCCCCUCCGUCCCAUCACUCCUGCCUCCGCCAGCUCCUCCUCUCCCACCAGCCCCACAGCCUCUCCAGUGUGGAGGCGUUUCUGCAGUUACCACAGUCCCCCAGACCGCCCCAAGCAUCCCACCUCCAUCCGUAAUAACGCACGCCGCCCCUUCCACAGUAACUCCCACCGAUGCAGCCACUACCUUCAGUCACAGAACAAGCUUUGAGCUGCCCGCCGCACCAUCUCCACAGCCUGCAGCCUCGACGUCCUCCUCACUCAACUCUCAGGCAGUCGGCUUUGCCUUGCCCAAAUCCAUUCUGCCCCCUGUCUCUAGCAAAAAGGCCAGACACCCACAGAGACCGAUUGUCCCGGCCAACCCGCUGCCAUCUCCUCAACUCAUACUCACAGGUCCCACCAGUGCUGUCAUUGUCACUCCGUCUCCUCUCAGCUCUGAUGUUGUCCCCAGCACUGGUAUGGUCAUUGCCUCCUCCAGUAUUCCUUGUGGUUCUGCUGGUUUUCAUAUUCUCCCUCAGACUCAGAAGUCGCCGCAGCUAAUCAUACCCAAAGAAGAAACUACCACAACCAUAUCCAGCAACAAGUGUAACAAGCAGCAAGUGCAGUCAGCAAGUACAGUCCACGACGGUCGCGUCUCAGGUCAAGGUUCACCAUUGGGAGCAGAACAGGUACCGAGCCCCCAGUCGCCGCUCAACCCUACGGCAGGCAUGGGCAAAAAUGAAACCAGUCAGGGGGAACUAACAACUCUCUUAACUGGCCAGCCGAGCAAGAGCCGCAGAGUGAAUCACAUAUCUGCUGAGCAGAAGAGACGGUUCACCAUAAAUGCCUGCUUCAAGACACUGUGCAAUCUAGUGCCCACUCUCAGGUCUCAAUCAAAUAUUAGUAAUGCUGCGACACUUCAAAAAACAGUCGACUACAUAGGCAAACUACAACUAGAGAGACAGCAGAUGCAGGAAGAGACAAAGAGGCUGCGAGAGGAGAUUGAGGAGCUUAAUACAUCUAUAAGCUUGUGCCAGGAACAGCUUCCUGAUACAGGGGUUCCCAUCACACGCCACCGCUUUGACCACAUGAGGGAGAAGUUCGACGACUAUGUGAAGAGCAGAACUCUUCAGAACUGGAAAUUCUGGAUAUUUAGCGUCAUUAUUCAGCCUCUGUUUGAGUCCUUCAAUGGGACGGUGUCUACCACCAACAACACAGAGCUGUGUGAAACCACCAUGCAGUGGCUGGAUCGGUACUGCUCCCUCCCGGUCCUCAGACCUAUGGUCCUCAGGACGUUACGACAGCUCUGUACCAGCACCUCCAUCUUGACCGAUCCCUCACUUUUGCCUGAGGAAGCUAAAAAGGCUGCUCUCAACCCCAAAAAACAUUCCUCAGGAUCCUAGUUUUAACACGCGAUUUUAGUUUUUAUUCAGCGGGAGGCUGUCCGUCUUCAAGGAGCGCCGACGGCGACGCUUGUGGUAAAACCUUUGCUUUGUUGUUGCUCACUGAACUCAUUUAACUCUACUCAGACUGCAAGAGAACCGCUUGAUUGUUUGCUUUCAAUCUGUUCUGGUAUGAAACGGAGACCUCGACCCCUUGCGUACGUCGUUUUUAUGUACAUGAAUGAUACUUAAUAGAAGCGGUCACUUAGCAUUUAUCUACGUGGGAGCCUUGAAGAGAACGAGCCUCCUUUUUCAACAUUUGAAAUGGAUUUAUUUCAAAAUGACAAACCAAAGGCAAUCGGUCUUGUUUACAUGCAGCGUCCGGAGCCGUACGACACUGUGUUUCUGAGACGGAGACGUUUCACCAGAGCUGUUGUCUUUUAGAUUCGUGGAUUUUACCUCUCAGGGUGUUUUUCCCGUAUGUUUUAGGUGUCUUCCAUAUCUUAUUUAGAAUGUUUAGCGGAGCCUUAGCCUCAGUUGAUCCAAAGCUACAUCACCACUUAUCAAAUACCAGGAUCAAGACUGUCUUUUUGAAGUGCUCGGGCAGAUGCAUGGGUUCAAAUAAACUAGAGCCACAGAUAUUUCUAUUCUGAUGAUAAGGCACAUUUGUUGUGCCUUAAAUCAAGUAGAGCUAUAGAAGAAACGAGUCCAGUGAUUUGUCAAUUGUAUAGUUUUUUUUUUUUUUUUUUUUUUUUUUUGCUGUAGGAUUUUAGGCAUAUAAUGAUAAAACAAAAAAUAGGCCUUUCAGUAGCAUUUGAUUUUUUCCCCUUGGAGGCUGACUUGAGCCAGCCACCUGAGUAUUACAGUUUACCUGAAAUGGCCACAGGUCUGAAAUGCAAGAAUAUGUUGUUACGUAUGAAAAUGUAUUUUUCACAGUGUGCUUUAAAUGUCGAUUUGCUCUGUUGUGUUUCUGCAAAAACUGAAUGAACCUUUCCAUCUCUGGGCUGUUCCCAGUAAUAAAUGAUUUUGCAUUCA